ACUCAAAUCUAGUAUCAUGAAGUAAUAUGACCUAAUGUAGAAACCUUGUCAAGUUAUCGAAUAACAACAUCAAUGGUGAAUGGUGAUUGUAUUGUUACUUACCUUUAAUUAAAAUGAAAUCAAAUAAUAAUUGAAGUAGGACCGAUAUUAUGAAUUAAACGAUUAUGUUUGACGUAUUAAAACUUGAAAAUGGAAUAGAAAACAAUAGAAUUGAUCAUUGUUCCGGUCUUAAUUGACAUCUAAAAUGUUUUAUUAUUAUUUUCGUUUCUUCAAUUGGAUAUCCAGUAUUUUUGGACUAAGAAAACCUUUCAGUUCAUCAAUUGUUCAAAGAACAUGCACAUCAAAAAUAAUUUGGAGCAAGCUCUGGUCUUUAUGCAUUGUAGCAUCUGUUAUAGUAGCUCAUGUGUUACUCGUAGAUCUAACUCUGAAAUUCGAUAUUAAAAAUAAUUUAGAUGAAAUUUCAAACAUCAACAAUAUUUUAACUAACGUGGCUAUUAUAGUAAUUCACGUAACAAACGGCGAUAAUUUGUAUGUUAAAACAUAUGAAAUUUUUAACCAAAUGCUUUCUGACCUGAAAUUAAGCAACAGAAGUGUUAUGAUGAUGGCUCUGAAAUUUUAUAUAUGGUUUUCAAUACAGAUUCUGCUUUUCCUGGUUUGUAUAACCAUGGAGUUUAUUUAUGGCGAUCCACCUUUCGUUAUGAUUAUAAGGAUACCUAUUUUUCUUUCUAUGUAUCAUUUGUUGAUACAUUUGUGUUUAAUCCUAUCGAUUUUGAAAAUAAUCAACUUAGAAAUUAUCGAGAUGCUUAAACUGAAAAAUAGUGCAGCUUGCAAAAUUUUCUUUUUGGAACCUCAGCGAAGAAGAAUGACUCUUUUUUACUUCUUGGAUAAAAAUAUUUAUUUUAUUCAUCCGAAACCAACGGGGACAUUAUUAAAUUUGACAUUUAUGUGUAAAAUAUACGAUAAUCUCUGCACUUGCAUUCAUCUGCUACAGAGAUGUCAUGGACUCGAGGUUCGGUGCGUUUGUGUCUGCUUUAAUUUGUGAAUUAAAGUCCGAUUUUGGAAGUCUAUUUAUUUUUCAGAUACUGCUAAUACUCUGGUUAAUGUUCACAAGCGCAGUUACAUCUAUUACCUUAAUAUCUAACGAGGAGACGCACCACCCCUGGUUAGAGGCCAUAAAAGGCGUCCAAAUAUACGUCUGGUUCAGUAUCGAAUCUUACGUAGACGGUCAAAUAAGACAAGAAGUUGAGAAGACGGAUUUGUUGAUAAUCAAAAAUAUGAUCGACUUCAGAUGCGAUUCUAUCAGAAGAAGACAACUACAGCUGUUCCAACAAGUUGUCAAUUCAAACCGCUUGCAGUUCACGGCGUGUAAUCUCUAUCGUCUGAACUAUGCGACGGUCCUCGGGACUAUCAUGAGCGUCAUCACUUAUAGCAUUAUAUCCAUUCAGUUGUUUUAACUACCUAACUAAUGUGUAACGUGUGAUGAUUAGACGAACGCUUAAUUUUUACCAAAAGUUAAAGUAAGUU